AGCUCGCUUUAGUGUGACUCGGAAGUGCUUCUUCCCCGAGGCAGAGAGGAGAGACCUCCGAGCGCCGGGGUGUGGAGGUGGCGGCCGGGCCCCGUCGUCAAUAUGCAGCGAUUACUCCUUCCGCCCUUGAAGGCCUUGAUGGGGGGGCCGUGUCUCCGACUCCUGGGUCCCAGGGCGGCACCUCGAAAGCAGUGUGGUUGCAGCUGUGGGAUCAGGAUCCCCUUGAGGCCAGGGCAGUACAGCACCAUCUCUGAAGUAGCUUUACAAUCUGGAAGGGGUACAGUGUCCCUCCCUUCAAAGGCUGCUGAGCGGGUGGUGGGCCGAUGGCUCCUGGUCUGCAGUGGAACAGUGGCUGGAGCAGUUAUUCUUGGUGGAGUAACUAGAUUGACAGAGUCUGGCCUCUCAAUGGUAGAUUGGCAUUUAAUAAAGGAGAUGAAGCCACCUACAAGCCAAGAGGAAUGGGAAGCAGAAUUCCAAAAAUACCAGCAAUUUCCAGAAUUUAAAAUCUUAAAUCAUGAUAUGACACUGGCGGAAUUCAAGUUCAUCUGGUACAUGGAGUACUCACACCGAAUGUGGGGUCGGCUUGUAGGCCUCGCAUACAUCCUGCCUGCUGCCUACUUUUGGAGAAAGGGCUGGCUCAGCCACAACAUGAAAGGACGUGUUCUUGCCCUCUGUGGUUUAGUAUGCUUCCAGGGCCUGUUGGGAUGGUAUAUGGUGAAAAGUGGAUUAGAAGAAAAACCAGAUUCUCAUGACAUCCCUCGGGUCAGUCAGUACCGCCUUGCUGCCCACCUGGGAUCAGCCCUGGUUCUUUAUUGCGCCAGCUUGUGGACUUCGCUCUCGCUGCUGCUUCCUCAGCACAAGUUGCCUGAAACCCGUCAGCUCCUGUGGUUGAGACGAUUUGCUCACGGAACAACAGGCCUAGUGUUCCUUACAGCUCUGUCAGGGGCUUUUGUGGCAGGACUGGAUGCUGGGCUUGUUUACAACUCCUUCCCCAAGAUGGGAGAAUCUUGGAUCCCAGAAGACCUUUUCACCUUCUCUCCCAUCCUGAGGAAUGUUUUUGAGAACCCUACUAUGGUGCAGUUUGAUCACCGAAUUCUGGGAAUCACUUCAGUUACUGCCAUUACAGCGCUCUACUUCCUGUCCCGGAGAAUUCCCCUUCCUCGCAGGACCAAGAUGGCAGCAGCGACUCUGCUGGCUUUGGCAUAUACACAGGUGGGCUUGGGCAUUAGCACUCUGCUAAUGUACGUUCCAACUCCUUUGGCUGCUACUCACCAGUCGGGCUCCUUGGCUUUGCUCAGUGUUGCCCUUUGGCUCAUGAACGAACUCCGAAGAAUCCCAAAAUAAUUCUAAAAGGAUCGAUCAGCUGCGUAGGACUGAAACUGCUUUUGAGAGCUCAUUAGAGCACAAGAACUUGGAUUUUGCUAAGAGAAUGAACUUGGCAUAUCAAAUGGUUUCCAGAUCGGUCAGGUUUUUAAAAACUCUUUGCCUGUUUCUGGAAGUCACUGGAUCAAGAAUGUCAUUAGGUAUGAUUACAGUAACGGUUCCUUUUUAAAUCUGUUAUUUUUCACGUUGAUCCUAUUAAUGGGAUAUCACCUCUUCUAGACAGAAUUAUUUUAAAAAGGGAACUAGAGUCACCGGGGUAGGUUCCCAUAGCAUUUCUCCUGAUCCCCACACUAAGGUUGUCCUUAGUUAAUAAUAGUCACCAGAGGGCAUUAUGAUCCUAUCCAAAGAACCAUAUGCUAAUGCUUCUACAGUUCCCUCCAACAAAGGAGCAACGAAUGAAUUAAGUUCAAAUUUCAGAUACUUUACUUCAUUUUCAUUUUAUUAAAGAUGAAUAAGUUUGGAAAAACAGAUCUGGUUGCAUUAAGCUAUAUAACUAUUAUGCCACAAUCCUGGUGAAUGGAGAUUAUCUGAAUUAUUUUUAGGUUUGCAUUAUUCCCAGUAUCAGACACAUAGCAAAUAUUGCAUGAAUGAAUAGAAAAUGAUUAAAGAUUAAUGUCCCAGGCACCUCUUCCAAAACAAGUCAUCACAUACCUACAAGAUUAAAUGAAUUUAUCAUAAUGUUUUCAAAGGUCCCUCAACAAUUCUGUCAGUUUUUAAAACACUUGCUUUUCUUAACCCAGAAUAUUUCUGUCUUUAACUUAACAGUGACAAAUGCUAUCCAUAUGACAGGGAUAACAAUUAGCUACUGCUUUAAAGUGAUGCUGGUUGCAAAGACCAACACCGAUGAUCAGAAUAUUAGGAUAACCAAUUUAUCUUCAGUAAUCCUUCCUUCUGGCCCUGGAGUGAAUGGUGGGUUAUAUAUUGGCAUAGGUAACACAUAUAUCCAUGUCCCGGCAUAAGGGAGAAUGCCCUCCCCUCUAAUAUGCAUUGCACAGUUUGCUCAACAAUGAUUUAACAGUAUUUAUCAGUGAGUAUUUUAAGAACUGUUCAGCAAAAUUAUUAUUUAAUGUGAAGCAUUAGAAAAACAUACAAUCUUAGUAACCCCCAAAAUUGAUGCAAUACAGCAGCCUUUGGUCUUUUAAAGGGAGAAGGGAGCGUCUGCUGUGGAUCAUAAAAAAAAAAAAAAAAAAAGAUGCCUUUCAACACUGCAGAGUCCAUCGCUCAA